AAGCAGGUGUUCUGGCGAAUCAUCUCGGAUUCGUGUUUUGAGAUUACUCGGUGAAUGUCGAUUCCACGUUGAGUAGGGAAACGGAAAGUCUUUUGGUGCAAAAUUGUGUCUCUAGGUCGGUCAGUCGGUCUUUCGCAUGAGUUUUGUUUUCGAUUCCUUGUGAUGGUGUGCGUGAAUGGCUUUGAAGAGCCAAUCUUGAUGAGUUAUGUGUAAAAAAAGAGUAGAUAAAAAUAAUAGCUCCAAAUGUUUUCGAAAAAUACAAUAAUUCAGAUCCUUGCCGCUACAGUACUGGUGGCCGUACACAACACGGGCGUCAUAUCAGGAACGUUUAUGAACAAUGGCGCCGUCAGGUGUGGAGCAACACUUUGUCGUCCAAUAUUCGGCAUCUAUACGAAGACCAACCCUCACAACGGUUACAUUCCCGUAACCAUUAUACCGGCUGGAGCGUUCAACAUCACAAUAACCGAAGUGAAAAACAGUCAAAACUAUCUUGCACUGAAAGCGAAGGAUCAGCAGUUUUUCAUCAACGGAGACUACACGAUUUCACUGAGUGGACAGUACACAGCUGCAGGCACCGUGUUCGAUUAUCAUCGGCUCGAUGGGCUCAGUAACGGUUCCAAGAGUAGUCUCCGUAAUGUGGAAGGCAUCACGGAGUGGGUGACCGCUGUUGGGCCAACGAGUGAACCGGUUCAGGUGUUUCUGCUCUCCCAGUACACAAACCCGGGUGUUAAGUAUGAGUAUCUGCUACCGGUCAGUGCUAAUCCGCCAGAGCCUUCGUCAUCGAUGGAAGACCCCGUCCCGGAAGUCGGGAAUGAAAUCUCAGAGAAGGCCAACGUGCGUGUUCCAAAGCAACGGCUUGUAGUAACUCAAAACAACAACGGUAGUACGACCGCUAGAGGUCCACGCAAGCGGAAAUAUCUUUGGAAGGUAAUAGGAUUCAGCGCCUGCAGUAAGUCCUGCGGUGGUGGGGUCCAGCAGCCCAUCAUCAAAUGUGUCCGCGAGUCUCCAACGCGAGUCUUCUCCGCCAAACGUUGUGCUCAUCUGCAGCAACCGAUAUUGAACGAAAAUCUGAUGCGCUGCAACACUCAACCGUGUCCAGCAUAUUGGAAGCUUGGUGAAUGGGAUCAAUGCAACUGUGAGGAGAAAUACGAUGAGGUUGUGCUCAGGACACGUGAGGUCAAGUGUGUCCAAGAACUAUUAUCUGGCAUCGUGAUCCAAGUUAACAGUGGUGCCUGCAUGGACGAUGUACCCUCAAGCACGGAAAGCUGUGAAUGUUCACGCGUUAUCAAAUCAACGACCACGCCAGCACCUCAGGUAGAACCUCCACGAUAUAAACCUACAGCCGGAAGCAAUCAACAUCAUCGAGGACAUCGUGGACACCAACAGCAUAGCCUGCACCACGCUACAGAGAGAAGCGAUAGUAACGCCGUGGUUAGUACACAGAAUGACGGCAGCAGCUCACCGGCCACGGUCAUCAGUAGAGAUCAUGGUCGUCAGCGGCAGGACAUGAGCCACAUUCAUCAUCGAGCGGAAUCAAAGAAAACAGGCGUUUGGUUGACGGCCAACUGGAGCACACGAUGCUCUACGACCUGUGGUGUUGGAUUGCAAACCCGCUCGAUCUUCUGUGAUCGUAGCUCCUCGCACAACUCGGAACGUUGUGACCUCCGUCUAAUGCCGGAAACAUCUCGAGAGUGCACCAGCGAUCGGGCAUGCGAGUUUGGUGAAUGGUUUACGGGACCCUGGACUCUUUGUUCUGGCGAUUGCUUCAACUUAACCCGCUCCCGGUCGGUACUGUGUAUACGCAAUGAGCACAUUGCGCAAGUUAGCGAAUGCGAUCACACGACACGACCCAUAUCGAACGAACCAUGUGACUCCGAGGCGUUCGAUGAAUGUAAACCUCGGUGGCACUAUUCGGAAUGGACAGAGUGUACCAAACCAUGCGGCGGAGGCAAUCAGAGGCGAGUCGUAAAAUGCCUUGAGUUCAAUUUGCGAGCAGGAGUGCUACAAGAAUCGGUGAGCUGCCGUUAUGCUGAUCGACCUACGGCCUAUCGGGUGUGCAACGAGGACAGUUGUCCGUCGACGAAGGUUACUUCGGCGCCAACAGCUACUAGCUCUUCGACAUCAUCUCAACCGAACAUGGAUUCGGAUGAUUAUAGCGUCGAUUUGAUGCUGAACGAUGAAGAAUGUCGCGAUGAGUUCCCGAAUUGCUCUGUCGUUGUGAAAGCAAAGCUUUGUGGCUACGAUUACUAUAAACAAGCAUGCUGCGUGACAUGCCGGCAUCAGAGGAACUAGCUUUUAAGGAUCUUUUGUCCUCAAACCAAUGGCCAAUUGUGAGGUGAAUUCUUCUUCGAAAACUCUAUCUUUUCUAGCAAUCUUCCCGAUUGAUCAUAUCCCCGUUCAUCAGACACAAGGUAACACAACGAAACGAAACAUCGAUUCAACAAUGUUCACAAUACUCUUCCUUCGGAUGGAUGGAUUUGAGGCGCAACAUUUGCUCAAACGAACGGAGCCCUUGGAUCUUCCAUUAUUUUCUACAAAGAAAACAAGCCGGAUGAUAUCUCCGAACCCCUGUCGAAGCUGCGUGUACAUUAAUCAAAUUCUAUAUUAUAGCUGAGCUAUUUCUUACCUUGAAUCGUGCAUCUAUGAUUUUUCUAAAAUUUGGGUUAAGGGAGACUGAUAGCAGUCAAAAAUGUUGAUGACUUUGGAUAAAAAUAUGUCCAGUGUUGUGAGCACAAGUAGAUGAGACAUGAACCAAUAAAAAAU